UGGCCUGACGUCGUUAAUUGGGCAACUCCGUACGUGAUGACAUCAUCGGGGUACGUGAUUGCGUCAUCACCGCAGUGCGUCUAGUCAAAGGAGCGGCGAGCCCAACCCCCGGGGCCCUGCAGGCCCGGCCGAGCCUUGUCCCUCGCUUGCCAGUUACGCCGUGGAAGAGGCUCCAAAGUCGGCGAACGAAACCAGCGUGAUGAAGUAUGGUCAAGAUAAACCCUUACGACCCACCGAACGUUGUGCCAUGGAGGAGCCGGCCGGCAUGGAGGAGGAGCUACCAAGUCCCACCACUGAUGACACAGCGAUUGCCAAUCAGGUGGAGAUGGAUGCCUACACAAGGGUCCUGGGACCUACGAUGGCUCACGAAGAAGAUAUUGAAGAUUUUGACGAAGAUAAUGAUGAACCGUCAUCAUCCUCAGCUGAUGAUGACGACGACGAUGAUGGUUACGACGAUGGCGGCGAUGGUGGCGGUGGUCUCCUUGCGUCCAGCGUGGCCGAUCAGGUCACGGCACACCUCGCCGCUUCUGGCCCCGUGGGGUUGGCGGCCGCUGCUGCCGUGGCGACGGGGAGGAGGAGGCGGCGGCUGCAUGCCUUCGAGUCGAACCCGUUCGUGCGCAAGCGGCAGCAGACGAGGCUUCUGCGGAAGCUGAGGGGCAUGAUAGACGAGUACACGACCCGCGUGGGGCAGCAAGCAGUGGUGCUGUUUGUGUCUCCACGUAAACCCAACCCCGUCUUCAAGGCCUUCGGCGCCGCGCCGCUCGACAACGUGGUGCGCCGGUACAAGUCGUCCAUCCUGGAGGAUGUGGAGGAGGCACUUUCAGUGCAUGCCCCCGCGGUGCACGGGGGGCAACGGCAACCGGAGCUCCCGCCACUCCUUAUCGACGGCAUCCCCGUAUCCGUGGACAAGAUGACGCAGGCCCAGCUGCGGGCCUUCAUCCCUGAGAUGCUGAAGUUUUCAACGGGCCGCGGGAAGCCAGGUUGGGGAAAGGAGGCGUGCCGACCGCCGUGGUGGCCACCCCACGUGCCGUGGGCCAACGUGCGCUCCGACGCACGCUCCCACCAGCAGAAACAGCUGGUGUCUUGGACGCAUGCACUGCGCACCAUCGUCAAGAACUGCUACCGGCAGCACGGGCGUGAGGACCUGCUCUACGCCUUCGACGAUGGGCCCAUGCCACAGGUGGCCGCGGCGGGAGGGCGGGCCGGCGACGAUGUUGCCGGCGACAAUGGUGCCACCAUUGCGGAGCAGGAGCAGGCCACCACACUGACGAGCAUGCUACUUGGCACGGACGAUGACGGCGGUGGCGCCACCAUGGUGCAGGCGAUCAACCCUGAUGGCUCCUUGUCCCUCGUACAGGUGAUGAUGGACAGGGGAUGGACGGAGGUGGAAACCCUCUCCGACAUGGUCUACCAGGCGGGGGUCCACGACACGGCCACCGUCACUGUGGCCAUUAACAGCGAAGGCACGGUCACUGCGGUGACGACCCUGCCCGGUGGGAACCAAAUCCUCUUCUCUGGCGAAGCGGCGGCCGCCGUGGGUGCCCUUGCCCAGCACGAGGGGUCUUACCACGUGAGCUUGGCGUCGGACCACCCUGCCCAGGUCUCCGUGGCAGCGACGCACGGACUGGCGUGUGCCGAAGACGUGGAGGUUGUGACCCUGGGGUGAUGUCGCCGUGACCUCUUCCUUCCCGGAGGUACGCGAGGUCACGCAGCGGACUUGCAAACCCAUGAACUGUGAGAAGAGGGACACCUUUCACUUGAUGCAUGGGAACCUAGGAGGGGCGGAGAGGACCCUUUUUGGGGAUGGGGGGGAUUCCUAUUUCUAGGUGGACUGAACAACAACGGCAAGAAGUGAGCAACGCAAAGUGUCGCUGUACGGUCGUGUCGUGACAAAACCACCAAAACAGCAAUCUGACAAAAGCAAUGACAAUGAUAGUGGAAAGAAACAGAGGCAGAGGGAGGAAAAAGACAGGAGACUGACGGAUGGAGCAGAUGGAAUUUGAUGACGAUGAUAGCCCACAGUGGAGUAUAGCCGCUGCCGCUAUUGCUGGAAGUUCACGGACCCCAGUGUCCCUGCGGGGAGGGGCUGGACAGGAAAAGGAAAGAAGUAGAAGGCAGAUUUUUUGGGGUUGGCGGUGUGGGUAGCGUCAGGAGUGAGAGGAAGGGUGGUUGCAAGUAACAAUUUACCAAAAAGUUUAAUAGAAUCCAUCCGAACGCCCGCGCCGCGGUACACGCGUCCAGUUGUGGUCGUUGUCCAUGAUCAAUCCACUACUGGGUGAAGGCAUCCCCAAGUUGCUGCCACCUCUUGUGAUCCUGCGGUGCAAUGAUCCAUUGGGCACCCGCACACGAACCAAUCUGCUUGAUGCAUUUCCUCAGUGGGAGUCCUCUCGGAUGCGCUCCAUUCCUUGGCUGCCACUCCAUUCCUGUUUAACACAUAGUCGGCUUUCGUGCCCAAUUAUUCAUGAUGAAGUAGUUUUUUUUGGAUUAGAUCACAUACAUGUAAAAGUGUUGUACACCUGCCUCCACCCGAUGCAGUUAAUUAGUACGGAUUGGAACGAGCAAAACAUACAAAUUAGUUACAACCUCAGGACCUGCCAGUAGUGUGUUGGAGAGCAAACCCACAACAUUUACAAUUGACCAUUUUGACGUUUUGUUGGUGAUUACAAUCAGCAUCGUCAGGUUAUUGCCAGAAUGCUAAAUAAGUCUUCCUAUUUUGGGUCUUAAUUAGAGUAAAGUGAUGGCAUUAAUUGUAAAUGUUGCGGGUUUGCUCUCUAACACUGGUGUGCUGGGACGUUUUGUUCACGUGACAAACCUUACUAAUUGGCUGUCAUGUGGAGGUGUGUCUACGACACAUUUACACGAUCUUACCGAAAAAAAUAUUUGUCGUGACCUUUACAGUUCUUGACCGCAUCAAGUUUUGUGUGCGACGAUCGUUUUUUUUAGGGUCCAUGAAAAUUGUACGCCAGCUUUGUGCAGAGGCUUUCAUUCAGCACCCGGCACACCACAUGUAGUCUACUUUGCUGUAGCUAUGACAAUAGUCUCGUGUCUUGCUGGCACUCCAUUCGUAUUGCGAGAACAGGAAUCUCUUGCAGCCCAGGAGUCGGCGAAUGCAUUGAAUCCUUUGCACGUUGGAGGAGGAGAGGGGGGCGAGUUGGCAGUGGGGGCUGUAUGGCUCAUGGAUGCUUCAACUCUUGGAAUGCAGUCAAAUAUCUUCACGCGCUGAGGGUGCAGGGUCUCCCUUUGUGCGUGUUUUGUUUAUUACUAAUGAUGCGCGCGCGUGUGUGUGCUGUAAAAAAUGAGCGUUAUUCUAUACUAUACAUGAUGUUAAUUUUGCGAAAUAAAGACCGUUUAUAUCCGUG